AUGAGGAUUAGUGCUUGGGUCAUGCGAUUCCUGCAUAAUUCACGGAACUUCUCCAGCAAGACCAAGGGACCACUGACUACAGCUCAGGUUGAGAAAUGUCAGAUAUCGAUGUUUCUAGUCAAGAGAGCACAGCUACAGGGGAUGAGCCACGCCAAAUUUGACCAAGACCAAGAACAACAGAACCUGCAGCCUAGUGGAGAAGGUGUGUUGGAAUGUCGAGGACGGAUGCAGGGUGAGUACCCAGUAUACUUGCCUGACUCAGCUCUACUAGCAGAGAAGAUAGUGCAACGGGCUCACGUCACUACACUCCAUGGGGGAGUUGGUCUAACCAUGGCGAGAGUGAGAGAGAAGUUCUGGAUACCCCGUCUUCGGAAAUUGACGAAGAGAAUCGUGAAAUAUUGUAACGGAUGCAAACGCUCUCAAGCCGUAGCCUUUCCAAAUCCACCACCAGCACCCUUGUCAACAGAAAGAACGAAAGGUAACCGGACCUUUGCCGGACCUGUGAAAUACCAUGACAAGCGCAAGGAAGAGAAAAAGGCAUAUGUGGUGUUGUACUCCUGCAGUCUAACGCGCGGAGUGUUUCUGGAGGUGCUGCUCAGCUUGGAGACUACAGAAUUCAUCAAGAGCCUAAAACGGUUGAUUGCCAGAAGAGGACGAACGUCGAAAAUCUAUUCGGACAACGGUCAGACGUUAGUCGCAGCAGCCAAGUGGCUAAAGAAAGUAAAGAAAGAUGAAAGAUUUCACUCGUAUCUAAGUGAUCAGUCCAUCAUUUGGCAGUUCAACCUCAGCCGAGCACCCUGA